GGCCCAUUUGUUUCACUAGCAAACCCUAGGGCAAGCCUCAUUUCAUCUUCUCCAAAAACCCUAUAUCUACUCAACCACCAUUUCUCAUUUUCUCCCUCCGCUGCCGCCUCUCUUCCCCCGCCCCAAAUCCACACAGUUCACACACCUCACCCACCGCCGAUCAUGGGCCGUGUGAUUCGCGCACAGCGUAAGGGAGCAGGGUCCGUUUUCAAGUCCCACACCCACCACCGCAAGGGCCCGGCUCGAUUCCGCUCCCUCGACUUCGGCGAGCGCAACGGCUACCUCAAGGGAGUCGUCACCGAGAUUAUCCACGACCCAGGCCGCGGCGCGCCGCUAGCGCGCGUCACCUUCCGCCACCCGUUCCGCUACCAGCACCAGAAGGAGCUCUUCGUGGCCGCCGAGGGCAUGUACACCGGCCAGUUCGUGUACUGCGGAAAGAAGGCCAACCUUGUCGUCGGCAACGUGUUGCCCAUCAGAUCUAUCCCGGAGGGCGCCGUCGUCUGCAACGUCGAGCACCACGUCGGGGAUCGCGGGGUUUUCGCCCGGGCGUCUGGGGACUAUGCUAUUGUCAUCUCACACAAUCCUGACAAUGAUACUUCCAGGAUUAAGCUACCCUCUGGAGCCAAGAAAAUCAUACCCAGCGGUUGCCGAGCUAUGGUUGGGCAGAUUGCAGGAGGUGGGCGUACUGAGAAGCCUAUGCUGAAGGCUGGAAAUGCAUAUCACAAGUUCAGAGUGAAGAGAAACUCGUGGCCCAAGGUUCGUGGUGUUGCUAUGAAUCCAGUCGAGCAUCCUCAUGGUGGUGGUAACCAUCAGCACAUUGGUCACGCGAGCACAGUUCGCCGUGAUGCGCCACCUGGACAGAAGGUCGGUCUUAUUGCUGCCAGGAGGACUGGUCGUCUGCGUGGUCAAGCUGCAGCCACAGCUGCUAAGGCUGACAAGUAAGGCUUUUUUAGAGUUUUAAGUGAAGAAGGAAGGAGUGUUUUUUUUUUUUUUNAAUUCUGUUUGGUAUUGUAUCAGACUUGGUUUGAAUUUUGGAUUUUGCUUGUCUAAGACUAUUUUUUGUGAGGAUAUUACUAUACUUUGUUGGGAUUCCAGAAUUUUGAGUUCUAACUUUUUUAGUACUUGUUGAAAUUCUGUGUGACCCUUUUUGGUGUUAGCUAAGUCUUGCUUUUCGCCAAGUUUUGCUGUUGGCGAAGUUCUUGAAUUUGUUGUUGGCCAAACAAGAGAUCAUGACAUUAAUCAAACAAGUUAUUGCAUCAUUCUUUUG